CGUACACGACCGAGAGAAAAAUAAUCACAGCUCGCCAUCGCACAUGCCAUUGCACAACUCCACAAGCACAAGCCAAGCGCGAAACUCUAUAUAAGGAGCCGGCGAGCAGGCAAAGGCCACCAUCCAGAUCGAAUCAUCGAUACACAACCGCAAACUCAUCAUCAGCCACAAGGGAUCCGUGAGCAUCUCGUUUGCCAGCCUCUUUGGUUGACUGAUUGAUCGAUCAGCCCCUCGCCGCCGGUGACCAUGAUGGAGGAGGCGCUCAUCUCGCUGGAGCUGCGGGACGUGCUGGCCAAGGUGACCGUGUUCCUGCUCGUGCAGGGGCUGGUGUACCUCAUCCUCACCAACUCCUCCGACGUCUUCUCCAAGAGCAAGAGGCUCCGGUCCCUCAGCUUCCGGCCCAUGCGGUCCAUGAGCGUGCGCCGCGUCCUGGCGCCGCUCUCCGACGUCCCCGUCGGCACCGACGACGACUCGCCCUCGCCCUCGCCUUCGCUGUUUUCGUCUUCUUCGUGGUCGUCGCGCCGCUGGGGUAGCCGCAAAGAGGAUUGAGCAGCUUGGAGUCAGAGCGGUUGCUUAGUUCUGACGCCAGAUGGGUAGCUACUAGUACUAGCGAACAUGGUAAUUCUGAACUGUCCUGGGUUUGUUAUCGUGGUUUGACCGUUUGAGAUUUGAGAAUGGUAUUUGUUUAACUCUCAUGUAAAUCAGAUUAGCUGUGGCCUUGUAGAUAUGUUCAUUGAUUUGAAUCGGGAUGAUGAAUUAUUUGAUUC